UCUCACCUCUCCAUCCUCUCUCUUCUCUUUCAAUUAUGUCAUUUGGGUGCUUUUCCUUACUGUCAUUCACCUCAUAUUCUACAAGCUUAUGGCAGGAGACAACUUUCAAGCAUUCUGUGAGUCACCGCUUUGGAAUUCCUCAUUGACAUGGAGUUCAAACAAUGGUUCUUGGCCCCAGUUCACCGACUGCUUUCAAAAAACAGUUCUUGUAUGGAUACCUUGUGGUUGGUUGUUUCUCACACUGCCUUACUACUCAUAUUACCUCAUCACAACUCGUGGAAAAUCUAGGCAUAUCACAUUUUUCAGCAUUUUAAAAACUCUUUUAAGCUUCCUCCUGGCUGUAUUUGUCCUUUGUGAUUUAAUAAUGAGUAUUUACUAUGAAAAUGCUCACCUUACAGCAGUGGACUAUAUUGCAAGUAUAUUCCAGAUUAUUACUUAUUUAUCUGCAAUGAUUCUCAUGCAACUUGAACGCCAGGCUGGUACUGUAACAUCAGGAGUUCUGUUCAUUUACUGGUUACUUUCUUUGUUGACCAGUACCAUUCUAUGUUACAACAAAGUCAUAUUAAAGCAAUAUGAAACUGAUAUUCUACACUUCAACGUAUUCCUUGCACGCUAUACAUUCAUAGUAUUGGAGAUUGUGUUCCAUUGCUUUGCUGAAGUGCCACACAAAUAUGACAAGAAAGCAUUACAAAGGAAACCAAAUCCAGAGCUGGAAGCAUCUUUCCUAUCCCUCAUCACAUAUCAUUGGAUCACUCCACUCAUUAGCAAAGCUUUUAAAAAUACUUUGACUGAAGCUGACCUCUAUCAACUGAAUCCACGUGACAAUAUCAAAUAUUUUUCUACCAAAUUUCUUACAGCCUGGAAUCAAGAAAAAGUCAAAUGUAUUCAACAAAAUAUUGAAACAAAAGUGCCCGAAGAUGUGACAGCUUACAAAAUGAAGAACAAAAAGCCUGUAUCUCUGAAGAAAGUUCUCCUGAGAGUCUACUUCAGCGAACUGGGCUGUGCAUGGCUACUGAAGAUAGGCUUUGAUAUUGCACUCUUUGCUGGACCUGUCAUACUUGAUAAGCUGAUAGUAUAUACAAGCAAUGAGGAACCAAAAUGGAAAAGCUAUGUACUGGCAGUGACAUUAUUCUUUCUGUCAGUUUUAUACAAACUUUUCUACCAGGGAUCAUUCUUCAUGUCAACCCUUCUGGCAGCAAGAAUUAAAGGGUUGUUGACAUCAGUUGCAUUUCGCAAGACGCUGACCCUUAGCAAUGCCUGCCGUCAAACAUUGUCCAUGGGGCAGAUUGUGAACCUCAUGUCCAUUGACUGUUCACGCAUCUCAGAAGCAAUUCCUUUCCUCUUUGUAAUGAUCUCCUCACCAAUCCAGAUUUCUCUGUCCCUUUAUUUACUUUAUCAACAACUCGGAACUUCUGUUUUCGUUGGAAUUGCUCUCCUUCUACUCUAUAUACCAGUCAAUGGUACUUUGAUGGGGAAAAUUAAAAUGUACCAGGCACAACAGAUGAAAAGUAAAGACAUCCGUAUUAAAUUAAUGAAUGAAGUUCUCAAUGGAAUCAAGGUAAUCAAAUUGUAUGCCUGGGAAGAGUCACUUCAAAAGAAAAUCAAUGAGAUACGAACGAAAGAAAUAGUACUGCUUCGUAGAGCAGCAUACAUCACAUCUAUCAGUAUGUUUUUAAAUGCAGUUACUCCAUAUCUGGUUACCUUUGUCACUUUUGCAACAUACACUCUAUCCUCAACCAAUCAUCACCUCACUGCACAGAAGGCUUUUGUUUCACUUUCUUUGUUCAAUGUAUUCUAUGGGCCAAUUGAUAUGAUUCCACUGUUUAUAACAUACACAAUGCAGCUCUCUGUUUCAAUAAAACGACUUGGCAAGUUUCUGAAUAGCCCUGACUUGUCUUCAAAUUAUGUAAAAUAUGUGACAAGAAGUGAUUUUGCUAUUGCUGUGAAAGAUGGAACAUUUUCUUGGAAUGUAGAGAAUGAAGACAGUUUCAUCUUGAAGGAUAUCAAUAUAGAAAUAAAACCUGGUCAGCUAUUGUCUGUUGUUGGCAUUGUUGGAUCAGGCAAAAGCUCUUUGAUAUCUACCAUCUUAGGGGAAAUGGAGAAAUUAAAAGGUUCAGUUGAAAUUCAGGGAUCAGUGGCCUUUGUUCCUCAAGAAGCAUGGAUACAGAAUGACACCCUUAAGAACAAUAUUCUGUUUGGGAAAGAGUAUGACCAGCCUCUGUAUGAUAGAGUCAUUGAAGCAUGUGCUUUGUUAGCUGACAUUGCUCUCUUACCGGAUGGUAGUGAGUCUGAGAUAGGAGACAAGGUGAGUUAGCAGGCA